CUCUCUCUCUCUCUCUCUCGAAUAAGUAGGCUAAGUACGAAUUCACACGAGGAAUUCAGCUCGUGUGCUCGGGGAACACUUGUAAGGACUGUGGCUGACAGUUUACGCCGGAGCGUGGACGUGGUUAUUACGGCGGAGAGUGGUCCGACGUGUUCGCGUGAUUUUCCGAAAUUACGCGAGGCCCGCCGUGUGUGUUGGACGAGGCAUCGUGGCCCAGUGGCCAGUCGUCGUCGUCGUCGUUUACACGGCGAGCACACGAUUUUAUCGCGAUAUCGGGAUUUCAGCGCGACUAGAGACAACGCGUCCUUGAAGCUCGUUCUAACGUGUUGCAGGUACGCUGCGCCCGCCGGGCUUGAUCGGUGGCAGCAAGCCAAAAGUCGCGACGCCGGCCGUCGUCGCCAAGAUCGAGCAGUACAAGAGGGAGAAUCCCACCAUCUUCGCGUGGGAGAUCCGCGAGAGGCUCAUCUCCGAAGGCGUGUGCAGCAACGCGACAGCGCCCUCGGUCAGCAGUAUCAACCGAAUUCUGCGAAAUCGGGCGGCAGAACGGGCAGCGGCGGAAUUCGCGAGGGCGGCCGGCUACGGUCUGUACGCGGCGGGUCCACAUCCGUAUUUCAACAGCGCCCAUCAGCACCCGACGACCAGCCACCACUUGCCGGCUGGUUGGCCAGCGCCAGGGGCAGCCGGCCACCCUUGGAUGCUGCCGCCAUUGGCUACCGGGAUCACCGGCGCGGCUUCCGCUGCUCUGCUCCUUCCGCCGUCGUUGAGCCCGGGAGCAGCCGCGGCGGCGGCCGCUGCCGCCUCUGCACGGUGACGGGGACGAGGGGAGCCUGGACGGAUCGGAGCAGCCGAAAUUCCGACGAAAUCGCACCACCUUCAGCCCGGAACAGCUCGAGGAGCUCGAGAAAGAAUUCGAGCGAUCUCACUAUCCUUGCGUGUCUACGCGUUUGGUUUUCCAACAGACGGGCAAAGUGGCGUCGUCAUCAACGAAUGAACCUGUUAAAGCGUUCGCCACCGCCACCGCCGCCGCCGCCGCCGCCUCCUCCACCGCCUCCGCCACCAGCGUCGCUGCCGCAGCAGCAGCAGCAGCCACCGCCGCAACCGCAUUCCGCAUCCGGUAUGGAAGUAAGUCGUGCGUCAAGCUGCUCAAUCGCCGGAAUGGGAGGAGAGAGUAGCGCGUUUCGGGCGGUCGUGACCAAUUCGUCGUCGAGAGACGUCGCGGAACGGAACGAGAGGAUCGACAGGCUCGAGCCGAUCGGCAAACAGCCGGAAAGAAAGCCGAGCGCCUUCAGGAUGAUCAGCCAACUCGUCGGGGAAGAUUCGCCGACUUCAAUGCUCAAAUCCUCGAGCCCGACGUACGAGCACCAGAGGCACGAGGGCAACGUUAGAUCCGUCGUUGGCUCGUCCGAGACGACCAACAAGAAGGAAUUCGAGCGGGUCGAGGACGAGGAAGAGGACGAGGAGAUCGACGUGCAAGACUCGGACCAGGACGUUCCUUCCUCGCCGACCGUUGCGUGGCGGGAUCACUGGACGGAACAGCAACCCUUGGAACUGACGAAACACGAUCGU